AUAUUUCAAGCAAAACUCAUUCAAUAUUGCCUUGAUACCAAUUUCUGUCUUGUUUAGCUAUUUUUACAGUAUUCUCAAGGUCUAUGCAGCAUGUACACUUCAUGUUACAUCUUGGGGAACCCAAGACAUGGUGACAAGAGAAUCAAAGUUAGAAAAUAAUAAUAUUCCAAAUCAAUGAGCUUCUGACCUCUUUGGGUCUUGGUGGCAUUCUUUCAACAUAAAGAAGUAACUCACAUCAUGGUGCAGAUGUAUCAUUUUCUUCUGGAUGAAUGCCUGGCCAGUAGGACAAUCAAGACUCCAACUCUGACUUCUUGGAGUUGGGAUGUGCUUGCUGGCUGAACAGGCUCUGAAUGUGCUGAUGCCAUUAAGGGUUGGGCAGAUUAUGAGCAGACUAAGCAAAUCAAGCAACUUAUCUGAGGAGAUCUAUCAUCUUGCAUUCCUUCACUUUCUUGAACCUGGAUAUUUAAUUGCAAGUGUUAGGACAUAUCUGCUGCUUUCACUAGAGCAUUACUGGGACUGCAGAUUGAAAAUUAAUACCUUUGCCAAAGUCAUGAGUCUUCCAAGUGAGUUUGAUGAAGCUUGGAACUUUGCCACUCUGUCAGAUGUGAUAUUGGAUGUUAACUGUUUUGAAGCAGUUAUAUCACUAACAAUUUUUAUGCUUAUUCCCAUACUUUCUGAUACUAUUUUGACAUUUACUUCUAUAUACUACUAACUUGGCAGCCAGGCAGCAGUGUCCUUUGCAGUGAUCAUGGGCUCUUAUAUCUUCCUCUCAGGAAAGCUCCAGUCCCAACAACAUAAUAGAUGGAAGAUAUAUCAUGAUAGCAUCAGAAGAGAAAAGGAGGCCUGUCAUGACUCUAUUUUUAACUGGCAUACAGUAAUUUGCUUCAGCCAUCUGGAGCAGGAGAUCACCUGGUUUCAAAAUACUGUUGAUGCCUGCUUGAAUUCCAGUCAACAUCCUGCUGCUCUUUCAAUACUGAGAGGAGCAUUACAAUUUCUUGUUUAUACAGGAGGUCCAGCUGGCUGUGUCAUGAUAAC